AUCAUCGGGUGAUUGAAUUUGCUAUCUCGUUGUGACUGCCGUUGUUUGUCCGUUGAUACUAGAAUGGAGAAUAUGCAACUUAAUGGUGAUGCUAAACAUAGAAAAGCAGGUCGAACUUUGAGUUCAGCAGUAAGUGUUACAGUUGCAGACUUGUCUCCUCUUCACCGUGCUAGACUUGAAUAUUUCCCACGCUUGCCGCCGAUAUUGAAAGGUGCUUUUGGAUGGAGAGAGGGAGAACCUACUGAUUUUGCUGAUGACGCCGAAGAAAUUAAGAGAUAUUUUCCUAACCUAUAUGGACAACCUUCAGUGUUUAUAGUACCGAAUCGUGGAGGUCCGGUAACCACUGGGAAAACUUUAAGAGUAGGAGUUGUAUUAUCCGGAGGUCCAGCACCUGGUGGACAUAACGUUAUAUCCGGACUAUUCGACUACCUGUAUAACCGAAAUAGAGACUCCGUUCUAUUUGGUUUUUUGAACGGUCCAAGCGGUAUUAUUAAGAACAAUUAUGUUCAACUGGACGAAGAGAGGAUUUAUCCAUAUAGAAAUCAAGGAGGAUUUCAUAUCAUUGGUUCGGACAGAACAAAGAUUGAGACCCCAGAGCAGUUCCAGAAGGUGGACGAAACUGUAAGAAGUUUGGAUUUGGAUGGUUUGGUUGUCAUCGGUGGAGAUGAUUCCAAUACGAAUGCAGCUAUUCUAGCAGAACAUUUUGUAGCUCAGAAAAUGAAGACCAGAGUUAUUGGUGUUCCAAAGACCAUAGAUGGAGACUUGAGGAAUGCUUUUGUGGAAACUUCUUUUGGUUUUGAUACUGCCGUCAAAGUGUAUUCAGAGUUGGUUUCCAAUCUGGGAUACGAUGCCAUAUCGGCUAAAAAGUCAUGGCAUUUUUGCCGUUUGAUGGGAAGGUCGGCAUCACACAUUACUUUGGAAGUAGCAUUACAAACUCAUCCUAAUAUGGCACUGAUUGGGGAAGAGGUGAUGGAAAAGAAACAGACUUUAACACAAGUGACCAAGUCUAUUGCUGACCUUAUAGUCGAACGUGCGGAAAUGGGUAAAAGCUUUGGUGUAGUUCUUUUACCAGAAGGCUUGGUUGAAUUUAUGCCUGACGUGGACAAGUUAAUUCUCGAACUCAACGAAAUUCUCGCAGGAGGUCAUUUGGAGGAAGACCAGAUCAUUCCAAAAUUAACCGAGCAGUCUAGAUAUUUGUUUCGUUCACUGCCGCCCUUGAUAGCGAAGCAAUUGACGCUCGACAGGGAUCCUCACGGAAAUGUUCAAGUUAGCAAGAUUGAGUCGGAACGUCUUUUGAUACAAAUGGUCUCAGACGAACUAAAGGAAAGGAAGAAGGCUGGUCUUGCAGGCUGUUCAUUUUCUCCGAUUCCUCAUUUCUUUGGUUAUGAAGGACGAUGUUCUCUUCCUUCAAACUUUGAUUGUAAUUAUUGUUAUACUUUGGGACAUACAGCUGGAGCUUUGAUCGAAGGUGGUCGUACCGGUCUUGUUGCAACGGUACGUCAUUUGACGAAACCACCUGAACAGUGGGAAGUAGGAGGUUAUCCUCUUACUGUCAUGAUGGACAUCGAGAGGAGAAAAGGAAAGAAUGUUCCUGUCAUAAAGAAGGCUUUGGUUGAUUUGAAGGGCGAGGCAUUUCGUAUAUUUUCCGAACAGCGUGACUCGUGGCGUCUGGCAGAAGAUUAUCGUUGUCCGGGACCUAUUCAGCAUUUCGGUCCGAUGGCAGAUUCGAUCAAUUUCACUUUAAUGUCGGAAGCAAGAGAUAGUGUUGCAUAAUCGUCUCACUAUUUUGAUAGAUUGGAAAAUAAAGUCUUGUCUGUCAGUGAAUGCAAAAAUUUCAUU